AUCUGAAGCCGUGAUACAGCGAACAUCUUGAAAUUAGUUGUGGUGCCAGUAGUAUAUAAGAACCUGUACAUACCGGAAGUAAAGUGAUUCAUCCUUCAUUGUAGAGUUCAAAAUGGCGAAACUUUCGGAAGAUCAGAUCAUUGAAAUCCAGGAGACUUUCAACCUGUUUGACCAGCGGGGAGAUAACAAGAUAGCAGCACACCAGCUGGGUGAUGUUCUCCGUGCCCUGCAACAGAACCCCACAGAGAGUGAGAUCAAGAAGUGUGGAUAUGCCUCCAACCCAGAUGCUCGUAUCUCCUUCGAGGUGUUCCUCCCCAUCUGGCAGACAGUCUCCAAGAACCGCACAGUUCCACCUCUAGAAGACUUCAUUGAAGGCUUCCGGGUGUUUGAUAAGGACCAGAACUUCUACAUCUCAAGUGCAGAAUUGAGACAUAUACUCACAUCAUUAGGGGAGAAGUUGUCCGAUGAUGAGGUUGACCAGCUGUUCCAGGGACAAGAGGAUGCACAGGGAAAUAUCAACUAUGAAGAUUUCAUCAAGAUGGUCAUGAACGGAUGAGCUUCUAUGGAUGGCUGCUGAAGAUUGAUGGAAGUCAACAUCCUGCCCAAUUCAAGUGCAGUUCGGACAUCAACGCUCAUCUCAAAUUGAGAUACACUCAAGGGCAUAGUGGAGACUUUGAAUGUAUUGUAAAUACUUAGACUGUAAAACAAGAGAAACACCCAGCAUCAAUAAAACAUCAUUAACACAAUGCAUUGUCAAAGAAUGAGACAAUCUGACACGAACAGUCUUCUGGAUCAUUCUUGUUGUAAUUGUUUUCAAAUAUCAUGUCCACAAAAUUGAUUCGUUUUUAGCGCUGUUACUGAAAGCUUUGUGUUGGUGCUCAAAUCGAACAUAUUUUCCAGAACCUUUGCUAUUUGGCUUUGACUGAUUUUCUUGUUUUGCAGUUUAUGUUAGGUUUGUGUUCAUUAUUCCACCAUUUAUCACUUAUGCUUGUGCAACUUCCAUGUGCAUGACGCUAUACUCUCUUGACCAAUAUUUCCUAACCAUGUUGCAAUCUCCAAUUGCUAAGUUCAAAAUUGUAUGACAUGUCUUUCAUUGUGGUACUGAUACAUGUGUAUUUACUAAAACAUUGAAUUGACAUCCAUUCUCCCUUUAAACAAGCUUUAUUGGACAGCAUCCAUAUUUUCAUUGUCGGCAGUGUUCCUUCCAUGCAAUGGAUGAGUUAGUUUAUGUGUCAUGUUUCGCUUUCAUGGCUUGUGCAGUAUUGAAACAAUAAAGAAUAUUCUUGUGAUAUUUCAAUGUUUCAUCCCAUUUUUAAAAGAAUGACCUCAUUUUCGAAAAGUUGAUAAGUGCUGAAAUGCAAGAACUAGGUAAGGAAACAUUUAUAUACAUUUAAUGCUAUAUUUAUACCUGGUAUAUAUCAUUCCAUACAUUUGUAGAUGUUAGAAUAAAGGCAUUAUUAGAA